ACUGUCGACUGCUGAAGUUUCACAGAGCAAUAUAAUUUUUGACAAAUGCUAAACAGUAAAAUCGUUGACGUUUGUAUUGAUCUUGUUCAUAGUAACGAUUAUUUAACUUGUUAUUGCCCUAUAGACUUAAAGGGAUGCACAAGAAAACCUAUAUUUUAUUGUUUUUUGUCAUUUGUUCCAUCUCACAUGCCCAUGACCCAAGUGAAGAUGGAGGUGGUAGAUACAGUUCCUCUACAGCCAUUUUACUCCUCUUCGUUUAUGGUACUAUUUUAGCAGGUGUGAUUUUAAGGUAUCUAAUUGAGUUAUUGCAUAUUCCAGUUCCUUUCCAAGUUUUCAUUUUGAUAAUAGGUGGAGUAAUCGGUUACGUUGGAGGGAUAUUCAAAGAUCAAACUGAUCAAUUUCUGGCUACAAUCAAGAGUAGAAACGAGUAUCUUCUAAUAAUUGCUCUUCCAAUUCUCAUCUACAAAUUAUGUCUCUGCAUGGAGGUCCAUUCGUUCAUGAGAUGUAUCUGUCAAGUUCUAAUAGUGUCCAUACCAUGUACUAUAGUGAAUGGAAUUGUUGUUGGUGGUAUUAUGAAUCUGGUAGUGAAUUAUUCCUAUUGGACCAUUGAAUAUGCCAUGAUGUACGGCUUCACAUGUGUGGCAAUCUAUCCACAUGAAACUCUUAUGAAACUCAAGGACCUUGGAGCAAAGGGUAAACACUUAUCGGACCUUUUGGAAGGAGAGGCGAUAUUUGGUACCACUAUGUGUAUGAUCAUGAUAUUCAUCGCACUUCAACUGCAGGAUGGAAUAUUUCAUAGUGCUGGGAGUAUUUUUCUUUUUCUUUUUCGGUUCAUAUUGGGAGACUUGGUGUUAGGUUUUGUCUCUGGCUUUUUCUUGAGCAGACUCAUGAAGAUGUUCUACAACGACGCUAUCAACAUCAUGAUUAUAUCUAUAUCGGCACCAUUCAUCGUUUACUACAUUGGUAUUUUCGUUCUACACACUUGUGGUAUUCUCGCCCUCAUAAUAGUGGGAAUCUUUAUGAGCAUACAAAGAGUCGAACUAUCACCAGAAAUCGAUUCUUCCCUGAUCUAUUUCUGGGACUUGGUGGUACUCAUCAUCGAUUCUGUGGUGUUUGCUGUUAACGGUGUGUUCGUUGGAAGAGAAGUCAUGCAUUUGGUCGUGUUCGCCGACAUUGCGAAAAUUUUCAUCGCCUUCAUGGUGGUAUAUUUCUUAAGAUUCGCAACUUUCAUCCUCUUCUCCACCAUACUAAGCAGAAUUGAGUACGGUAUAUCUUUUCGUCAUAUGAUUCUGGCUGCUUGGGGAGGAGUACGUGGGGCGAUCAAUUUAUGUCUGGCCAUGAUCUACUUUCAAGAUACCGAAUACGAGGGGUACUUCAAGGAGACUGUCUUGUUCCACAUAAAUGGACUAGUUUUCCUGUCACUGCUCGUAAACGUGCCAACUAUCCCGUAUAUGUUACAUUGUCUUGGCAUAUCAAAUCUCUCAAUGGCAAGACAGCAUAACAUGAACAACUGCCUGCGUCAUAUUAUGUCUAAGAGAGACAGGGUGAUCGCUCUGCUGAGGAUGGAUAGAUUUUUGGCAGAUGCAAAUUGGUCUGUUGUCGAUUCAACAACAAUAGUCAAACAUCCCUAUAAGAGCAUCAGAGAUGUCGAUACAGAUAACGACUUCAACAUGGGAUUGAGGGGAAGUAUCUGCCCUGACUGUCAUAAGGAAGUGGCCAACCAACCGACAAAAAGGGAACUAGAAGAAAUGAGGAAAGAAGCCCGGAUGAGAGUUCUGAAAGCCAAGAAAAUCUCGUAUAUCAAACAAUUCCAGAAUGGAAUGUUGAGCAAAGAGGCUCUAGCUGCUCUCACACAUGCAGUGGAAAUAGCACAAAAUAACGAAGAUAACUAUUUGAGGAUAGAUCACUUGUUGAAGCUCUUCAAGAAAAAGCUCUUUCUCCAACAAUUGAAGAAUCACCUAAUCAGAAUCUUCCAUACGAGAGUAUCAAGCCACGUUCACAGACCUCCAAGAAAAUUGAGAGGAAGAAAAUGUUAUAAUAUCGUCCAACAUCCAGCUUAUAUAGCGACUACAUAUAUCAUGGUCAUACUCAGCGUGUCCAGUUCUUCUUAUGAGCUGAGUCUCAACAACUACGAAGAUCAGUUCAUUCACAUGUGUUCAAUGAAAGCUCUUAAUUGGAUGUUCUUUUUUUAUUUUUUGAGCGAAAUCUGCAUGACUAUAUACGGGAUGUCUUACCUGUAUAUUUGGAAAGAUGGGCUAAAAACGUAUUUCCGAGAUUGGUGGCAUAUUCUGGAUGUUGCCCUCUUAUUGGUUACAAUAGCAGACUUGACUGUCGAUACAUUGGAUACUCUCGGUAUAUUCUACAAAUACGAGUCGUUCCAAAACAAGGCGACAAUAUUCUCGAAACUUCUGAGGUUAAUUCAACUUCUCAGAGUCAUCACUCUAUGUAAAAUGCUUUAUCCGCUGGUGACUAAAUAUUGCGAUAUGAAAAUCGACGCAAGAAUGUCCACAGUAUAUGAUAUUGGAAAGGGUUUCGUAAAGGGAGAAGAAGAAGUGUUGGGAAUGCUGGACCAAAUGAUACCAAACAGAAAAGUGCGCCAAGAAAUAUUUCAAACGAUGGAACAUGACAAACUGGCAGUAACUAGAGAACUAGGUAUCAUCCAAAAGGAGAAACCUUGGAUCGCCAUAACAGUCAAAACCAAGCAGGCCAUCAGAACCAUUCUCAACAACAUGGAAAUCAAGAUCGAGGACCUCAGAUCAUCAGGUUGGAUUGACCACAUAGAAUACAAGAAGCUGAUGGAGUCGAUCAACGAGAGAAGGAAGUUCACCAGGAAUAUGAAGAUGAUAAACUCUUGUCCUCCGAAGGUUAUAUUCCAAGAACUCAGCUGGAUGGCGAAUGAAACCGAAGUAAUCAACUUCUUAUUCAACCAGGUAUCGACGAAGAUUUUCGAGCCUGGUGAUGUCGUUUGUAUAGAGGGUGAAAAGUCUUGUGGAGUCAUCGUAAUCAUAACUGGUCUUUUCAAAUCCAGUUACAAACCCGAGAGAAGAACGUUAGAUAUGCUUCAAACAUACGGUGCCCUUCCUAUAAUCGACUUUAUAUCUUCCCCGAAAUUCGACAGAAACAUAGAAGAAUAUAUAGUUUCCGGAAAUUGUUUUGGAGAGUUGAGUUUUCUGACCGGAAGGCCAUACAACUCAACUAUAGUCGCUGAUACUCCUAGUCAUGUUUACAUUAUUCCAACAGACCUUCUAGAAGAAGCUGCCAAGUUAAAUUCCAAUGCUGUGAGAGGGUUGAAGGCAAGGAUGUGGAAGUUUAUUUCGCUACGAUUGGCCAUUUCCAUCCUAGUGAAAACCCCUGCUUACGUGGCUUGUAGCCAGGAAAAACUACGUACUGCUCUACAAAGGUGUUUCGUUCCAGACCUGGAAAAUAUCACCGUCUUCGUCAACAACACGAUGAUCGAAGAUAUCGUACUGAUCGAAGGAAUGGUGACGGAUGAACAAACUAAGGAAAAUUUCACAGCACCCUGUUAUAUACCCAGAACUGCUCAGAAGUUGAUUAUGGUCAAAAAUCAGAUAGAAGAACUAGGGGUUGCUGUGCAUCCGAAAUUGUUGGUGAUUCCGUCAAAAGAUAUUGAUCCCGAAGAAAUCAUAGAAGCCGAAGGGGAUAGGUUAGAAAUGUUUCAAAGGAACGACCUGCUGUCAGAAUAUUCGAGGAGCAGAUCUUCCCGGGCCUUUAGAAGAAAAAAAAGGGGCAGGAAUUCCUUCACAGAUUCGGCGAAAUCGCCAAAAAUUGGCUUCGCCGAGGCCGCCAGCUCGAUGGCUCAUUCAGGAAAGAGUCACCUCACAGCCAGAGACUUCGAACUGCCGGAAUUCAGAAAGAGAUCCAUGGUGUCCCGUGCCUCUCAUGAUAACACGUUGUCUCUGAUUCCGCAUCCUCUGGUGCUUCAUGGUGCUCCAGGCAGAGAUCUGGGGGAGGAUGGACCUUCAGAAAUUGAGACGACCUCUCUUGUCAUGGAGCCAAAUACCGAUAGGAGGUCCAGAUUGUGGAGGAAAUCGAUUUUCCGAACGGUUAUAGAUGUUCACUCAGAGCAAUCCAGUGCAAAAAUUUCAAGGAAUGAUUUCCAAGAAGAAGAUGAAGAAAAGGAGAAUAUUGUCAUGAACAAAGCCCAUCCUUUCUCUAUAGAUGAAGAAGAGUCAGCUUCAUCACUGAGCAGCGAAAAGAAAUCAUUCCACAAGGAUAUACCAUAAAAACAUUGUCGAAAUAUGGUUGUAUACUCCUGAAGAAUGAAUCCGAUUCAGAAUAAGGAAAACAGUUAUGGUUUAUUUGUAAAAACAAAAAAAAAACAUGAAAAUAUUCUAUAUUCAUUCGAAAGAUUAAUAAUAACAUAUAAAUGUGGUAAUUAUA